UGGGAAGCCGGCCAGUAACCUCACCACUCAAUGAUGCAAAGGUUGAAUGUAUUAUUCAGGAGACACUGAAUGAAGACGGGUCACAACAUGAGUGUGUCCCAAAGCUAACAGAGGAACUCGAUGAGGUGCAAAGACAUCAGGGUUUGCUCAGGGAGCUGCAGAAGUUGGCUGAUGAUGAGAGAGAAAGGGAGCAUGAGGACGAGAGGGAGAAGGAGCAUUACGAGUACAACUUGGCCAACGAUGAGAGCGACUUUGAGCAGAGGGACGAGGAGGAGGAGAAGGAGGAGGAGAAAGACGAGGCUGACACUGUGAAAAAAACAGAGGAGGAAAAGGAGGAAGGGGGAGACGACACGAAGGAGAAGAUGAUGGAGAAUCCACGAAUCGAAGACAGAGGGACGGACGAGGAAGAGGAGAGAGCGAAGGAGCUGGAGGAGCUGCUCGCUGAGGAAAUCACCAAGAAAGGGAAGGAGGAAAGGAACGAUGAGGAGCUCAAAGAGCUGCUUAAAGAGCUGAAGAAGAAGAGAUAUGAGGCGGUGAAAGAGAGGGAGGUCCAGAAAGUGGAGCAGAAGGAGGAGGUGGAGGAUAAGAAGAAGGACAAAGCAGAAACGGAGGAGGACCUGGAGAAGCAGAAGAUCGAGGAGAGGAGGAAGAGCGAGGUGGAGCUGAUGGUGGAGAAGGAGAAGGUGGAGAAGGAGCUGAAAGAGCUCCUCAAAGAGCAGGACAGCAAGAACAAGCCACAGCAGGAGAGGAAGAGGAAGGAGAAGCAGGAGGAGCUGGACGAACUGGUGAGGAAGAUGAAGCGGGUGCAGGAGGAGGAGGAGGAGGAGGAGACGCAGGGCGGCAAGAAAGAGGAAACGCUGGUGGGGGAGAAGAGUGAAAAGAAGGAGGAGGGAGAAGGAGAGAAGGAGCCUGAUGAGAAAGCAGAGAAUGAAGUUAAGAAGAAGGAGGAGGAAGAGGAAGUGAAGGAGGUGAAGGAGCCGCUGCAGAAGAGAGUGAUGGAGAAAGCGAGUGAUGAGGCCACACGGCAGUUUGAGCGGGAAAGGUACGAGCAUGAGGAGGAAGAGGAGGAGGAGGAAAAUGGAGAGAAUGAGGAAGACGAGGAUGAGUACGUCAGGGAGGAUGAGGAGGGUCAGGAGGAGGAAGAUGACGAUGAGGAUAAUGCUGAAGAGGAUGAAGGGGAGGAGCUGCUGGAGAUCGAAGCUGAGUUGCGCAAAGUUGCUGCAGAGCUGAGGGAACUUCGCAGAGGAUAAGAUGCACACAAACACACAAACACACCAGACUGACAAAACCUCCUUUGUUACAUUCGCAGUCACACAUCCAGUUCUCACAUUUUCCAUUUAACAGCCUUCAGAUCCCUUCAGCACUCAGAGAAAUAUCUUCAGAUGUGAAUCUGUGAAUGGACAGUAGUAGAAACUGUACAUAACUGUUGUUUCAUUUCUGCGUUUAGAUCGCCCAGAAAAAGCUCUUCCUCUUUCCCCAGUGCAUGUUUGAAUGUUUUUAAGCGUUGAGGAAAAAGAGAUGAGUUUUCUGGGAGAAUUUGAAAGUUUGUUGUGUCCCUGUCUCUGUACCGGUACAAACUCUUUGUAAGGUCAACAGGAUAUUUCUCCCUCAGUCGUAAAAAACCCUGCCAUAGACGCACAGCAUUCAGCACUUUCAUUCAGAUUUUGAUUUUGACUGCAGGUUGUGAGCAGGGCUGCAAAGGGUGGAAAAGUUCUGGUAAAUUUCCAGAAACUUUCCAUGGGAAGUUAAACUGGGGAAUUUUUGAAAUGUUCCAAGUUGGAAAAGUUACAUUGGAAUUAACUGGAAUACAUGGGAAUAUAUGAAAAUUAACAGAAAUUAAUGGGAAUUAACAGGAAACUUUGGGUAAUUUAUACAAACUGUAUCAAACAUAAACAUUUUGUUUUGUCAUGGUGUGUGCAAACUAAUACAAAUGUAAAUUUAAAAAAUGACAUUUUUGACUUUGAUUUAUCUGAGUAGAAAUUUCAUUCUUUCAACAAAAAUAAAACGUGAAUGUUGAAUAUGCCUCUUAGUUAGCCAGCUUACAUUUAGCAUAUGUGAUUUACCAGCUAGCUAGCUACUGUAACACAUUUUGAUUUAUUUUCACAAGUUAGACUUUAAUACCAUGGAUCAAAUGUAUCUACAACAGUAAUAUGAUCCAAACAGACUUGACUGGAUGUAGUCUGUGGGCUCAGAUGCAGUAGUGUGGCUGUAGUGAGCAGGAUUCUAGAUAUUGUCUGUGCAAGGUAGAAAUUCAAGUGUAUUUACAUUAAAUCUGGUUGUUUUAACCAAGAUUAUUCUACAAGUUAUUAUUUUCAACUACAUUUAAGCUCCCUGUUAUAGGCUAACCUGUAGGCUAACCAAAUUUUCCCAGUUUAUUCCCAUGGGAAGUUUCCAACUUUGAAAAUUCACGGAAACUUGCCCCCUUAGUUUUGAGUCAUGAAUACUGGCAGUUAUCCUCGAUGGUGUGUUCAAACAGAUUCCCUACUAUAAGUAAUAUGUGUAUUUCAAUAUAUAUAUAUAUAUUUUGUGCAAUAAUUGUAAGCUGUUCCUGCUGUCUGACUGUUAACGAUGUAUAUUACUGAUAUUUCUACACAGGAGUAAGUCAUUAUUUCCUCUUAAUUUCUUUGAUGAUAAAGUAGAAACGAGGAUUGUGUUUUAUUUGGCUCAUGCACUGUUAAAACCAGACUGUUUGUGACGAACCGGAGUGACACGAACAACAAAAACAGGAAAUUGAUUGUAAUUCUGCACAUUAAAUCUGAUGUUGAGCAGCACGUGGUUAGUUUGUGGCGACAGGACGUGAUGUACUUAGAGCUUACAAGGUCUAAAAGUGUCACUUCGAGUUCUCAGCCAGCUUUGCACUCUUAUCUUUAACAAGCCAAGGAGGAGUCGAGGGAGAAAGGGGAGACACUAAAGCCAUUUUGUUGUCUUUUGGUAACAGCAACAAUAACAAAAAAAAGAAGAAGAAAAAAAGCUCAGUAGUGUUACUUCAGUUUCCACAGCUGUCAUGUCAUUUGUGUAAAUAUCAGACAUCAGUCUUCAAGCCAAGGUCACAGGAAAUAUGAAGUAACAGCGCCCCCAAGAGGACACUGGGUAGAAAUGCACAGGAUAAACAGGGUUACCACUGGAGGCCCAAAGUAACUGCAAUAACACAAUACACAACUACAGCACAUGUGAAUGCAAUAAGUACUCGAAUAACUCAUAAUUUCAUGUAUUUUAAUAUGUAAUCAAAGUGCAUCAUAUUGUAGUCAUCUAGCAAAUAUAAUCUUUUUUACACACAGCCAAGAUUUACAACAUGUUUAUGUAUCUGAACACUGGGAAAGUAGCCGUAAACACGUAGUAAUCAGUCAACACGCUGUCUUAUUCCAAAGAGGAGAUGUUUGUUCACCUGAGAAUAAAGUGAAAAAUGAAUGUACUGUAGUUUUUCUUCUUUUUUCUAUAGAAGUGCAAAAUGUUUCCACAAGGAGAGAAAGACGUAGGAAAUGUCUUUGCCAUGUUGGGGAGGGGGCAUUUCAAACAAAAAUUAUAAUAAAAAACACCAUUUGUAAUAUUACUGGCCAAUCAGAGUGCUGUAUUUUGUGCCUGCUGUAUCCUCUUCUACGCUACCUGUCGAUCAAUAAACGGAAAUCAAACCAU